AUGGACGAACACUCCCUCUGCAGCCUCCUUCCAAGAGGCACGAAGACGUGGCAGUCAGGCGACAUUGAGAGCACAAUCAACCUGGUACUGGCCUCUGCAGAACUAGCAGACCAACUACUCAGAUGCACGAUUCACCCCUGCGACCAUGGCUCAGACCACAGAGCAAUCGAGACAGAUUUUGACGCCACGGUGGAGGACCGUCCCAGUGAGACGAGGUUCCUCUUCAAGAACGCGCCCUGGACGGAAAUUAGGACUAGGGUGGCAGCAAACCUCGAACGCAUCCCCUGGGACGGCAAUGUCCAGCAGCAGACGGACAGGCUCAUGGCAGCGGUAACCGAGGCGGUCUACGCCCUGACACCUAAAGCCAAGCCCUCACCAUACGCCAAGCGGUGGUGGACAACAGACCUGACACGGCUUCGCCAGACAUACACGUUUUGGAGAAACCUGGCGAGAUCUCGACGUAGGAUUGGGCAAACAGCACCAGAGCUCGAACAACGAGCCAGGAUGGCAGCCAAAGAGUACCACGACGCCAUCCGCAGACAGAAGAGUUCGCAUUGGAACGACUUCCUGGCCGAUGACGCUAACAUCUGGCAAGCAACGAAGUACCUGCAAACCGGCAGCGGCACGAUGGGCGAUAAGAUACCCCCGCUCGUCCGACCCGAUGGCUCUAUCACGGAGGGUAAAGCAGAACAAGCGCAGGAGUUACUCACCGCCUUCUUCCCACCUUUGCCAGCGAGAAUCGAAGACGAGGGCCAACGACCUCAACGGGCGCCGGUACACAUGCCAGACCUAACAAUGGAGGAGAUAGAACAAAAGGUCCUGUCCGCUAAGCCAUGGAAGGCGCCCGGGGAAGACGGUCUACCGGCAAUGGUAUGGAGACAGCUCUGGCCAGUGGUCAAAGACAGGGUGCUCCAUUUAUUCCAGACGUCGCUUCGAGACGGCGACAUCCCCAGCCAGUGGAAGAAUGCCAAGAUCAUCCCAUUGAAGAAGCCAGGGAAGAGCGAUUACACUCUAGCCAAGUCCUGGAGACCCAUCUCGCUGCUCUCCACGCUAGGUAAGAUACUAGAGGCAGUCAUUGAGGAGCGUUUAUCCCAUGCUGUGGAGACCUGCGGCCUUCUACCCGCCAACCACUUCGGAGCCAGGAAGAGACGCUCGACCGAACAGGCUCUCCUUCUGCUUCAGGAACACAUCUACAAAGCAUGGAGAGCUAGGAAAGUGCUCAGUCUGAUCAGCUUCGAUGUCAAGGGCGCAUACAAUGGGGUCUUCAAAGACAGGCUUCUCCAGAGGCUCAAGGCAAGAGGGAUACCUGAACCCCUGGUCAAGUGGAUCAACGCCUUCUGCUCCAAGCGCACAGCGACCAUUGCCGUAAACGGGUUCACAUCUGGACGGCAAGAGCUGCCCCAAGCGGGUCUUCCGCAAGGAUCGCCGCUGUCUCCAGUGUUGUUCCUCUUCUUCAACGCCGACCUAGUGCAGCACAAGAUCGACGCGAACGGAGGCGCAAUUGCCUUCGUGGACGACUACACUGCCUGGGUAACGGGCCCGUCAGCGGAGUCGAACCGCACUGGAAUCCAAGCUAUCAUCGACAAAGCCCUUGACUGGGAGAAACGGAGCGGUGCGCAGUUUGAAGGCGAAAAGACAGCCAUCAUACACUUCACGAGGAACAUGGAGCGAUUUUCAGAACAACCGUUCUCGGUCAAAGGCGAAGUGGUCAAACCGAAGGAAAGUGCGAAAAUCCUAGGUGUCGUGAUGGAUCGCGAACUCCGCUACAAGCAGCACAUUGCUAGGACGGCAGCUAAGGGCCUCGCAGCCGCUCUGGCCCUGAAGAGGCUGAAGAUGCUUUCCCCGCGGACAGCGAGGCAGCUAUUUGUUGCGACAGUAGCCCCGGUCAUGGACUACGCUGCCAAUGUCUGGAUGCAUGCGUGCGGGGAAAAGGCACUGAGCUGGCUGAACAGGGCGCAGAAGAUCGGGGCCCUGGCCAUCACGGGAGCCUUUCGAACCGCGGCAACAGCCGUGGUGGAAGCUGAAGCGAGCAUCUACCCCGUACGAGAACGACACGCCCAGGCGGCAGCCAGUCUGUGGAUCAACAUCCACACGCUGCCCGGAACGCAUCCCCUUGCGAUGAAGAAAGUCCGGACCACCGUACGAUUCGUAUCUCCGCUGCAGAAAAUUGCCCGCGUGGCCGAAGGAGUACGAGUUGACCGGAUGGAGACAAUCCAGGAAUACGCCGUCCCGCCCUGGGUACCUCGCCUACGACCGACGCUCGAAGCCGAUCGAGGGAAGGCGGCCGAGAUGGUCAACAAAAUUUCGGGAAUCGUGAUCGCAACCAGCUCAUCCGUAAAGAAGGGCAUUGUUGGCAUGGGCGGCCUUGCACGGGAUACUCUCUUCAACAGAACUAGCGAGACUGUGACAAACUAUGCUGUUGUUCUUGGGACAAGGGAAGAGCAGAACCCAUAUACAGCAGAGCUAGCAGCCAUCGCAAUGGCCCUGGAGAAGUUACCGGCUAGCAUCUGCCACAGGCACAUCACCGUGAUCACUAGGAACCAGUCAGCGCUGGCAGCAGUUGGACAGCCGCGGCAGCAAUCCGGCCAAAGCAUCAUACGGCAAAUCUACGACUUGGCCAGGCUGCACCGACAAAGAGGGAACUCGGUCAACUUUCUGUGGAUACCAGCGGAGAUUGACUUCGCGCUGGGGUCAGAUGCCAAGGCAGCAGCCCAGAGAGCGUCGAAGCAAGGACGCACACCCGACUCCCAAAUACCCCAGGCCAAGUCUACCGCGAUGAGGCUGGCAAUGGAAAGACAACGGGCGACAAGAGUUCUACCUGUAAGCGUGGGCAAGUUCUCAAAGGCCAUGGACGCAGCACUACCAGGCAAGCACACGCGCCAUCUCUAUGACAAGCUGAAGCGAAGGGAGGCCUGCGUAUUGGCGCAGCUCCGAACCGGAAUGGCGAGACUGAACGGUUUUUUGAGCAGGAUUGGGGCGGUCGAGUCAGACCUUUGUGCCUGUGGACAAGCGAGGGAAUCAGUGGAACACUUUCUUUUCCGAUGCGUGAGAUGGACAGCUCUGAGGGAAGACAUGCUGCAAUGCACAGUGGCAAGACGAGGAAGCCUCUCGUUCUAUCUGGGAGGGAAAGCGCCAUCAGAUACAAGGCAUUGGUCACCAGAUAUGAAGGCAGUCCGGGAGACGAUCAAAUACGCAAUGGCAACAGGAAGGCUGGAGCUGAAUGAGGAGGAGAGUCUAGACCAGUCACAGCAGAAGAAGCCGACACUCAACACCACGAGCCUCAACCACGAGCCUUAA